AGCACUCCGGGACAGCUGCAACCCUCGACUCCUCCGCGCGUCACGAGCUGCUGCGCCCACCAUGGAGCUCCCUUCAGAGGACUUCACGGAGCGCCCCUCAGCGUCUGCAGCUGCUUUCAACGCCUCCUUCUCGGAGGACCCGCUGCUGGAAGCGUCAAACAGCAACGGCAGCAGCGGAGCCGCAGCCUGGAGCACGGCGGGGCUCUCCAUCGCGGUGUGCAUCACCGCGCUCUACUCCCUCAUCUGUGUGGUGGGGCUGCUGGGGAACGUGCUGGUCAUGUACGGAGUGGUCCGGUACACGAAGAUGAAGACAGCCACGAACAUUUACAUCUUCAAUCUGGCUCUGGCCGACGCUCUGGCAACCAGCACCCUUCCCUUCCAGAGCGCAAAGUACAUGAUGAGGACGUGGCCUUUUGGGGAGCUGCUGUGCAAAGUGGUCAUCGCCAUCGACUACUACAACAUGUUCACCAGCAUCUUCACGCUCACCAUGAUGAGCGUGGAUCGCUACAUCGCAGUCUGCCACCCAGUGAAGGCCCUGGACUUCCGCACGCCCGCAAAGGCCAAGCUCAUCAACGUCUGCAUCUGGAUCCUCUCUUCCGCCGUCGGAGUGCCGGUGAUGGUCAUGGCUGUUACCAAGGUGACAGAUAAAGGAAAUACAGUUUGCACGCUCUGGUUCCCUAAACCAGAAUGGUACUGGGACACGGUGACAAAGAUCUGCGUCUUCAUCUUUGCCUUCGUGGUGCCUGUCCUCGUCAUCACCAUCUGCUACAGCCUGAUGAUCCUUCGCCUGCAAAACGUCCGACUUCUGUCGGGCUCUAAGGAGAAGGACAGGAACCUGCGGCGGAUCACCCGCAUGGUUCUGGUGGUCGUGGCAGCCUUCAUCAUCUGCUGGACCCCCAUUCACAUCUUCAUCAUCGUCAAGACGGUGGUGGAGAUUGACCAGAAGAACAUGGUGGUGACGGCCUGCUGGCACCUGUGCAUCGCUCUGGGUUACACCAACAGCAGUCUGAACCCCAUGCUGUACGCCUUUCUGGAUGAGAAUUUCAAGAGGUGCUUCAGGGACUUCUGCAUGAUCCAUCGCUCUCGCUUGGAGCAGAACAGCUUCUCUAGAGCUCGCAACAGCGCCAGAGAACCUGCGACGGUUUGUGCUCCUGCAGCGGCUCAGAGGGCUCCUGGCUGA